AUGAAUCAUUCUUCAGAGAACGAUAGACUCGGUUUUAUUACUAUUGAUGUUGUUAUGCAAGGUGACACAAUCAUUUUCAGACAAGGUUUUGAAUAUUCCACAUCGGAAUGGUUGGAAACUAAGCGCCUCUCAGAGGAAAGCCGUAUUUCACGUAAACACCAAACACGACUAAGGCUGGAGCUUUGCUUGAAGAGGGACCAACGUGAACUGACGAGCGGCAGUCGUUUAAAGUUACGCAGCCAAGUGUAUCUAUUUUGGAAAUUACCUCAAUGA